AAUGAAAACUCUUCUUUUCAUCAUUUGUGGUAUCCAAAUUUUGAUUUUUGGUAGUUGCAUCUGCUUUGGCAUCACAUGCAUACUUGUAUCCAUUCAAUGACAAGAGUAUAAAUGACUUAGAAGGCCUUAAUCAAAAGUAAAUAGCUUAAUUGAUUAAAUACAAUAUUGGAUUAGUCGAACACAUUCCAAUAGACUAAUAAAAAGUGUUUGAAUAAUUGAUAAAGUACAUUUUUUUAUCAUCAAAUAGGUCAUUUGGUAAAGGUAAUAUCUUAUCACCUACUAACAUGAACUAUUUGAUACUAAUUGAGAGUGAAAAAUUAUAUUCAGGAUUAGACUCAAAAUAAUAAAGAAUUACUGAGGGAUUCUCUUAAAGUUUUAAAAUAUUAGAAAAAGAUCCUAAAUCUAUUAUGGAGACACUCUUUGGAUAACAAGGUAAACAAUUCAUUCAAAAUUUAGAUGAUUCUCUCAUUUAAAAAGCAUACAAAGUUUAUAAUAAAAAUAAUUUGAGAUUCAAAAUAUAUUAAAAUGAAGAUGAUUUAGAUAUCAAUUAUUUAUAAUGGACAAUCACUCUUUAUUUGGGAAAAAAUGUAAAAAUUAAUUUAAAAUAUAGAAUGAAGUUUAUUUCUAUGAACCAAAUAAAGAUAAGUCAUAUAAAAUUGAUUCAAGUUUGGAAAAAUGUGUUAAUACCUUCUUUGGAACAACAUUUGAUUAUUCAUCUAAAGAUAAGAAAAUCUAUAAAUACAAUACAAAUGAAAUUAUUGAAAUUAAUUAAGAUAAUGAAGAAUAAUUAAUUGGAUUUUUAAAAGAUGUUUGUGCAAUGAAUAAACUUUCAACACUCUUUAAUAAAUGUAUUUAUAUUAUUCUAUUUCAAAGCUGAUCAACCAAAUAUGUUAUCUAUCAUUAACAAAUCUAUAGCAAAAUUAGAAAAGAUUAUGAAAGAAUCAGAAUUAGACAUGAUUUAUGAUAUGAUGAGAAUAACACAUAAGAAAGUAUUCUUAAUAAUAAUCUAAGUUAUCUAAAAACUUUAGAAAUACAUUUGAAAAUGAAGAAUUAUUUGGUCUCAUUUUAAUUGAAGAAGAAAAGAAUCCUCAAUUAACAACAACUAAGGACUCAGCUAAAAUUUAAAGAAUUUUAUUAGAAACUAGAACAAGAAUGUUAAAUUAAGUUACUGUAUUUUUCAUUUUUAAUAUUUUAGUCAACAACUCAAUCUUCUUAAUAAAAUAUGGAUUCCACAACUUAUUAAAUUUAUAUUUGGUUUGGAGUAUUCUUUGUUAUAGUUUUGAUUGGUAUCAUCUAUGCAAUGGUCACAAUGGAUAUUUAAAAGGAUACUCUAUUGUAUGCUAAAUUCUUAACAACAGAUCAAAGAUGAUAAUUUAGUAUAUGUAAUUAUACCAAGCAUA